AUGCCAUUGCACACGGUCGCACUCGGGGCGGCCUUAACCCCAACAGUCAUUCACACUCUUAUUUCUCAUUAUCUGCAUCGCAAGUCCCACCACAAUAAACCUACCGUCCAUCUCACCUAUGAUGAAGGUAUCCAGGUCAUCCGCCAAUUUCUGUAUUAUGCCUCGAAGCACCCCGUCGAGGACAUCCAAGCCUUUACACGCCAGGCCGUCCCGAGCCCACAUUGGGUGAGGACCGAGACCGUCACCAUCCCCAACGAGCAUCUGUCGGUAGCAGCAGAAGUGCUCUGCAAGCAAUUGGGCCCUAAAGGUAUCUUACGCGUGGGCGGACAGAAAUGGUGGCAAUGGCGGGGCCCAUCGGAAGAUCUCAAGGGAGAAUGGGUUGAGAUGCGAAGCCAUUACAAUGAAAGCAAAAAGAACGAGGAGCGAUGUAACCGCAUCAUGCUGUACGUGCAUGGCGGCGCGUAUUUCUUCGGAAGUGUGGAUACGCAUCGCUACAUGCUGCAGCGUCAUGCGCGCAAGUUGAAAGGCCGCGUUUUCGCGCCUCAUUAUCGUCUCGCACCUCAAUUUCCCUUCCCCUGCGGCUUACAGGACUGCAUGGCGGCCUAUCUGUGGCUAUUGAAGACGUACGACCCCAAGGAGAUCAUUCUGGCUGGUGAUUCUGCUGGCGGUGGAAUGGUGUUGUCAUUGCUGGUCAUGAUGCGCGACCAAGGGAUAGCUCUUCCUGCAGGCGCUAUUCUCAUCUCGCCCUGGGUCGAUUUGACCCAUUCAUUCCCAAGCAUUGUUGAGGAUAAUCCAGGAGAUUACAUUCCUCCGUAUGGCUUUAGACACAAGCCAUCCACAGCAUGGCCACCACCUAAUGCGGACGAGCUCCUCAAGAUCAGAAAUUUGUCUCGCAAGAAGACUGUUGCAGCCAAAGAUAUUGAAGAGUCUGUCCCUACGGCCAAUAGCCAGUCGGAAGAGACUGCUGUCCGCGGUUAUACUCUACAUGAAAAGGUCGCUCCGGGUGUAGAACCAGCUUAUCCAGGCCAACAACAGAUUUCAGAUCCUCAAACUACCCAUGCGGAGCCUGAUAACAUUCACGUGGUGAUGGAUGGGAAGACCGUCGAAAUCAAGGAUCAAAUUCAGAUGUAUGCGACAAAUCAAUUGAUCUCUCAUCCCCUGGUAUCGCCAGUUCUUCAGUCUUCCCUUGGUGGCCUGCCACCCCUUCAGAUUUUGAGCGGUGGGGGCGAAAUGCUCCGUGAUGAGCAGUUCUACAUCGCCCACAAGGCGGCCAAUCCGACUGCAUACCCACCUGGCGAUGUGUACCUUGACGAAUACGAUCCCGAAAGAGAGAUUCUACAUAAGUACGAACCUACAUACGUGCAAUUCCAAGUAUGGGAUGACCUUUGCCAUGUGGCGCCUACCUUGAGUUUCACCCGACCCGCAAAGUAUAUGUUCCGGGCAAUCUCUCAAUUUGGAUCCUGGGCUCUCGCUCGCGCACAGAGCGCCGAGGUCGAGAUUGUGGAUGAAGAACUACUCUCCCCCAUCUCAUCUAGUGCUACAGAAAGCUCGGAGGAACCCCGAGGCAUGUCUGGAAAGCCAAGAACAGGUACUGGGAUGUCGUUUGUUGGUAAAGCCGGCGAUCCGCUACCAGCCUUUCACCAACAUAUGAUCCGUCAAAGAGUCGACAAACGCGGACGAACCUAUCCACUUGAUCCACCAUCUUCGUACCCUGUUCUGGAUAUCCCACCAGCACAGGUCGGUGCAAUUAACCCAGAGCUUAUCCGCAAAUGGCUGGGUGCAAAGUAUGAGUGGGAUAUGAAAUUUUCGAAAGAGAAGCUCAAGGUCCAGGCUCGGCGAAUCAAGGAGAUGUCGCACGGUUUCCAAGACUUUGAAGGCGAAUAUCCGUCCCCAAGCUCAUUAGCAGCCCGUCGCGCAGCCCCAGGCGUACUACCCAAGCGUCAUGCACAGAAGAAUUACGGCAUGAUUCUCUGGAGCGGUUGGGGCAGUAAGCAUGACGAACGCACUAUUGAGCGUGAAAAAGACGCAGUAAAAUCCGGUCGUCCCUCAACUCGCACUAGCGUAGAUGUGGGCCAAGCAGGUCGAUGGUCCAGCCAGCCCGCGAAAAAUGUUCAGCCCAAUACCUCCGCGGACCGGAAGUCUGUCGCCACGAACUCCAUGUCUAGUGGUGCUCCUGUAGUAACUUGGGAUGCUGCGAGUGAACAGAAGCCCACUAACGGAGGUUCCUCUGCAGAGGCGGACUCAGUAUCUCUCCGGCCCAUAUCGGAGAGGCAUGGUGGUCCAAUCCUAGUGCUUCCAGGGGUUGAUAAUAGCAAGUUCAACGAAGAGAACGCGAGUACAAGAGCCCUGUUUCAUGCAGCGGGUACCCUUCCCAUGACUUCCGAUGCCUCUCUCCCCCACCUCCGGGGCCGACGCUCAUCGAUUGGGGGCUCUGUGGCUGGCCGGAGCGAGUUCUUUUCUGAUGCAGGCGAAGACACCAGCACCAUUGGCGGGGAUGCGGUCAGCGGCAUUGUCGCACCAGAUGCCGCCAGCACACGUGCCGUACUCUCAGCUCGAGGUGUGAUCGGGGUGCUCAACGGAGGCGACAACACGCGAGCAUCCACCGAUACUUCAUCCCUGCAUCUGCAUCCCUCGAACGGCGACACCUUGGCGACUGACAAAAACGAUUUGGGUUCAAGCACUCAUCGACCAGAAAUGCCCGACAGGGAAGAAUUCAAAACCGCCAGCGAAGAGCUGCAAACAUAG